CCCUUGGGAAGAAUUGACAAGGAGAAUUUCAAUUUAUGUAAUACAGUAUCCCAUUAUUUACCCUAAUGAUAGCUAUAGCUUCUUCUAGAUUACAAUUAUAGUGCUGAAAGGACAGACCCAAGAACUAGUGGAUGCACACCUCAAAAGAACUGCAAUAACUGUUCUCUUCUCUUUGCUGAUUUCAGGCUCUCCAGACCCCCCCUCUCUGUCAGUGAGGGAGGAGGUGAAGGUGGGGGAGGAGGUAUCUGCCUCCUACUCUGUGUCUCACUCCUGCCCAUCUGAUCCCCCUCUCCUCACCUGGAGCCACUCCGGAACACCCAGUGUCCAAUCACAGCAGCUGACCAACGGCCAGUGGGAAGUGACAUCAUCCCUGACCUUUACCCCCAGCAUCACUGAUCACAACCAGUCUCUUGUCUGCACAGCAGCGUACAUGGGAGGGAAGACAGUGAAAAUGUCUAAAAUACUCAAUGUCAAAUAUGCCCCAGUGGAUGUGAAGGUUGAGGGAGUGUCCAGUGUGAAGGAGGGAGACUCUGUAGAGCUGAGAUGCUCCAGUGACAGUAACCCUGCUGCCCACAGCUACCGCUGGCACAACAGCAGAGGGCCUCUGCCCACCACGGGACCUACCAUCACACUGGAGAAUGUGACCAGACUCACUGAAGCCCUCUUCUGCACUGCCAUCAACACAGUGGGACGAGGUCAAUCCAGCCCACUGAAACUCAAUGUAGAGUACCCCCCUGAGAUCAAAGUGGGCUCUGCAUGCACAUUAGACAUCUCCAUGGUAACCUGUCUGUGCAUUGUGGAUUCGGAGCCCCCCGGCACUGUGGAGUGGUCUCUUCCAGCAGGGCCCCUGCCCAGUACCAGGGUGGAGAGGCAUGGGUCAGUUACCAUGGUGACCCUACAGAGGGCACUAGGCUUCUCAGAGACCAUCCACUGCAAUGCCAGCAACACACAGGGCAAUGCCACCUUGUCCUUCACUGUGCCCACAAAUGGUAAGGGAAACAGUGGAGGGAAGUGUAUCAAUAAUUAAUUAUUAUUAUGCUAUAUUUAUAUCAUAAG